AUGGCUGUCGCAAAUCAUGGGGCAUCAGUUCCAGACCUUAUUGCUAUUGGCAGCGAGCAAGAGAAUGUAGACGAAUGGAGAAAAAAAAUGCAAUAUCGAUCCAAGUUCACAGAUACGCCUGGUGAAAUUAGCCCAUAUGCGGUACCAACAUCCAGACUUGGAUCAAAUCACGACGUUUCUCCAAGGGCCUCAAAGCUACCAUCAGCUAGUAGUAUCGAGAAACUGUCUGACUCUCCCGGCGGUGGCUUCAUCGUCAAGUUAACAGACCCCGAGGGAUUCCCAGUCAAUUUGAUGUAUGGGCAAGCUCCAGCAGAGAAAGGGGAGUAUCCGGAGAAACUUACUAUCAACUACGAGAAAGACAAGCCUCGCAUUCGCAAAUUUCAGCGUUUCGAACCAGGCCCAGCAGCCGUGCACAAGCUGGGACACUUUGGUCUAUGUACCCAGGACUUUGAGAAGAUGGUCGAUUUCUAUACCACAACAUUCAACAUCGUCCCAACAGACUUUCUAUAUGUCGAAAAGGAAGGAAAGAAGCUCAAUGUCGCGAUGUUUGCCCAUAUUGACCGCGGAGCCGACUACGUGGACCACCACAGCUUUUUCAUAAGCACCAAUGCCACAACUCAUGUUCAUCACUGUUCAUUCGAAGUCCAUGACUUUGAUACCCAGAAGCUUGGACAUCAGUGGCUUGCCAACAAGAAGUACAAAUCUGUGUGGGGUGUCGGUCGCCACAUUCUUGGAUCGCAAAUCUUUGAUUACUGGUGGGACACCACUGGAAACAUGAUUGAGCACUAUGCCGAUGGAGAUCUUGUGAAUAAUCAGACUCCCAUCGGUUAUGGUCCCGCAGGAGACGAGUCGUUGGCAGUGUGGGGCCCUGAAGUACCUGCCUGGUUUUUGAAAUAG